AACCCCGGAGAACCCUUUAGAAUGUGCGCUGGGCGUGAAGAGGAACAAAAAGUUUGGAUUCGCAGCAAACACAAUCGAGAUUUACUGUGAAACAAUUCCGAUUAGGUUUGCAGGAUUGCACGAGUUGGCUUUCCGUCGAGCAGAAGUGCGGACGGGAAAGUGUUGUCUGUUUUUAGGCAAUUAGAUCGAGGCACGAGGGUGUCUUCUUGGUUUUCGCUACAUGAUAUGUUCGUAACCUACUUGUGGAGAUUUGGGAGCGUCUGCAAUCUCUGUAUGCCGAGCAUUGGUUUUCAUUUACGGAAGAUUUUGACAGUAAUUGCAAUUCGCACUGAUGAGAUUCUCGUCACUGAGGCCUGAAUGAGUCCUUUAGACUAUCGAAACUGGGAGAUUUGAUAGUGCCGGCUUGAUGUUUGGGAUAUCCUAUGGCGAAGUUGCGCUCAUCAUGGUCGCAGCCGUCGCAAUGUUUGGAACGUCUUUUUACUGCUGUGCAAUAUGUGACGGUCUCGUCACAAAUUGCGCAUCGAAUGACGCAUUUUCGAAUGACGCAGACAUCUUCGAAUGACGCAUUUUCGAAGAUGUAUUUUACUUUUUUGGGAUGGUCGAUCGAAGCUCGAUGUUGAUCGCGAAUGUCCGAAGGACAUUCCUAUAAUUGCCAGAGCGGCAGGACGAUUGUCUGGAAAAGCCAUAGGCUACAUUCAGAGUGCCCGAGGAGGACUUAAUGGGGUCAUGCAGAGAGGUGAAGUGAACCAGGUACAUAAGGAGUUGCAGGAAACCAUGGCUCAGUUGGAGGCGAUUCGCCAUGAAAUCAACAGUGGGAUAUCUCUAGUGAAUCCUGGCCCUCUGACUCGCCGCAUCCUGAAGGGUGAUUCUUCGGGAUCUCAUCAAGUCAAUUCUCCAACUCGGUCCGAAACAGAAGGAAUCAAAAGAGGAGAUGUUCAUUCCCAGCACAGUAUGAUUACCCAGAAGGGGCUAGGUCUUGGGGCCCAGAUCGCAUCCGAGAUGCAGAGUUUGCAACAUACCGUAGAAUCUCCGCGUGUAUCUGGGACUUUUGAUGCUCUGCCGUCCUCCACGACGAGGGUUGCUGUUCCGAGGAUCGUCGUGAAACCUGGUACUGUUCAACCCCCAGUGUCACAACCACUAGGGCUUGAACCAAGGGACUCUAUGCAGGAUAUCAUAGUGUUACCAAUUUCGGCUCUCAGUGCUGGACUUCUCCCUUCUAGAACAGACCAUGUACGCGGAGGAUCGGACGUGGUUUUUGAGGCUAUUGUGGAAAGGAGAGUUGCUUUUGAUACUUUGGAAUUUUUCAAACAAUCAGAAACCCUUACAAAGUAGGGUCAGACAACCUAGUAUGAUGUAGACAAACGUUUCUUCACAAGACUGCCAAGAAAGAGAACACGAGUCUAUAGUUGGUAGCUGCAAUAUGCGAUGUUCGUUUUGAAAUAUAUUUUCCGUUAUUUUGUUGCUCCAGAUUUUUAUCUGGUUACCCGGAAUAUCUGAGCUCCGCAGUAAAUCCAUGUCGAAUAAAUCCUGAUAAUUCACGCGUUUUUACCGAAUGCAAAUGUUUAUGUAGAAUGGCCGGAGACGUGAACACGGGAGAGAAUAAUAGAACACUCCCUCGAGAUCAUGCACGAUUGGCUUUAGCUAAAAGAAUGGUAGGCAAGAAACUGUUGGGAACAAGUCCAAACAGUAAAGUCCCGUUAUACUUGGAAUCAAGAUGCCUAUAUUACAUUUUUACAUCUCCUUUGAAGAGAA